AUGUCAGAGCAGCUUCGGCGUGUCUUGCGUGAAAAAAUGGAGGCUGCAGAGCCUUCUCUCCAAUUGCUUUCUGAGCAGGAAAGUUCCAAGGACGCUAUUCCAAGCACGUUGGCCACUUGGAAAGGCUACUUCCAAACCAACGCGCAGACAGUUGUCAAUGGUUUCAACUUUAAUAUGUUUUAUUCGCUACCAUCUAUUACACCGGGCUGUCCAGCCCAAACGAUUCCCGUAUUUAUUUUCCAUCACGGUGCUGGAUCCUCAGCGCUGACCUUUGCUCCCCUGGCUCUUUCUUUGCAGGAAAAACUCGGCGGAUUAUGUGGAACUUUUGCAUUUGACGCCCGUGGCCAUGGUCUCACACAACCUAACGGUGAGAUAUCGAACUCUACUAAAUACAACCUUGACGAGUUUGUAUCCGAUUUUCAGCAAGUUUUACAAGCUUUUCAUGACGAACACCUUGAGAAUAUAAGCCCCAAAUUACAGGUGUCAAUUAUCUUAGUAGGCCAUAGUCUCGGCGGCAGUAUAUGCGCUAGUGUUCUAAAUAAAAUACAUGGUGCUUUACGGACGAAAAUUGUGGGCGUGGCCAUGUUGGAUAUUGUGGAAGAAGCAGCAAUUCAGGCGUUAAACACCGUCGAUUCGUUUCUCACCAUCACCCCAAAUGUGUUUGCGGAUUACGGGAGCGCCAUUGAUUGGCACAUCAAGAAGGGCCUGUCUAGUCUCCGGUCAAGUGCUGAAAUUUCCAUACCGAGCCUAUUUUAUGCUUCUUCAUCCGGUAAAGUAGUACGAAGAACGAAUCUCCAAACUUUUCGGUCUUUUUGGGACACUUGGUUUAAAAACCUCUCCAGCAAGUUUGUCUCGCUGAAUACCAGUAAGCUGCUUAUUCUUGCUGGCGACGAUAACUUGGAUCGCGAAUUGAUUAUAGGACAAAUGCAAGGCAAAUUUCAACUCGUGGUGUUCCAGGAGUCGGGCCACUUCAUUCAAGAAGACUGCCCCGACAAAACGGCUGUAACCCUUAUAGACUUUUGGAGACGCAAUGACAACAAAACGGUGGUCAUUAAGACAAACUGGACCCAAAAGGCUACUUCACAGUGA